UCGUAAGUAUUGUGGGACGUGUAGUUCCGCUUGUAGGCCGCUGCUCUAGAUAACAGCACACGAAGGAACCAAACACAACAAAAAUAAGCAAACUUAAACGGAAUAGCAAACAUACCGGUUGAUUUACUACACAAUCAUGCCCGGCUUUACCUGCUGCGUGCCUGGAUGCUAUAAUAACUCACAUCGAGACCGCGAUUUGCGUUUCUACACUUUUCCCAAGGAUCCUGAUCAGCGAGAGACAUGGCUGAAGAACAUUUCGCGGGCCGGGGUGAGCGGCUGCUUCAGUACUUUCCAGCCCACCACCGGGCAUCGCGUCUGCAGCGUACACUUUCCCGGCGGUAGGAAAACCUACACCAUCCGAGUCCCGACCCUUUUCCCUCUGCGUGGGGUAAACGAGAGAAAGAACCGACGGGGGAGAAGCAGGAAGAUCUCCGCCACGGUUAUGCCCAUCAUUACUAACGUAGUUGGCUCUACUAACGAGGCAACGAUAGUGAAGGGAGAGGGCGAUGCCGAAAACGAGACUUUGGUGCAGAUAGAUCAGAACGGCCAGUAUAUCACGCCCAUGGACCUCACCGCUUCAGGGGACGGGUCCUGUCUCACGGCGGUUACGUUAGUCUCGGGCUCGGGUGGAGAUCUGCCCGGGGGCAGCGCGACAACCGUGGUUGUUGCCGAUAUCGCGUUGUGCGGGGCCGAUCACUCGUACUCGCUUACCACAGGCACGACGUCCGCGGAGCUGCUGAGGAAACUCAACGAGCAGCGGGACAUCAUCGCACUGAUGGAGAUUAAAAUGAAGGAGAUGAAGAACACCAUCAGACAACUUCGCAUCACCGAGGCGCGUUUGAAGGAGGAGCUGCGGGAAAAGGACCGUGAGAAGGAUCGUAUGAUCUCAAACACCACCGCCGCCACCACCACCACCACCACUAUCAAGAGGAAACUCUGACCUGCGACGCGAAAAUCGAUGGACUAAACGCACCGGCCUGUGUUCGGUUAAGAUCAAAGCAACGACAAUUAAGUUUCAUCGUAGUUCUCAUGUGACUUCUCUUGUCUUUCUCCAAGACUCAAGAGAUAGGUAGAUACGCCAUGUGUGUUUGUCAAGUUUGUUAUUACGCAGAUACACGAGUAUGACCUGUAUGAUGGGGCUGUCAGGUACAGCACUACACGAGGACUUUGAUGAGUUCAUGAGACUGCUUCCUCCCGUUUUAUAUUUAAUACCAUUUGUGUUUAUUCUGUGAAGGGGCUUUUUCUCUCUGCAGCAGCCCUACUGUCAUACAACAUCGUCAUAAUGUUACAUGAACACAGAGACUUAUUCAUGUAAGUGUGUGAGCAACUGCUUUGGUUUUGUUCUCAAAUCCAAGUGCUAAAAUCAGAUCCAAUUCCUUACAGGUAACUGCAUUUAGAAAAGGUGAAUGGUUUGAAGUAAACAGUUUUUGAAGUUUAA